AUGACGCUUGGUACUUACGCUAAGACUGGGCACGACGCCGUCCGUGGCGUCAUGCUUCUUGUUUGCGUCAGCAGCGUUGGUAGGCGCCGGCAGGUGAAGAAGGCUGGAAGAGACGAGUUCCUCGAACUCACAGAGGUAAUUGUGUGCGACAAUACCGGGAGUAGUGUCUUCACUUUAUGGGAGGACAAAAUCAACUCGGCUCGAGCAUGGACACCAAACAAGACUAUUCUGCUCAUCGUGAACCCCAAGCAGCAGGACCGUCGCGGUAGCGGUGGUCAGAUCACUAUCAGCAUCGACAACGCUACGUUGGUUGACGUAGAGCCCCGAGGCCCCGAUGCCGACUGGCUUCGAAGAUGGGCAAAGAACCGACUGAAGAAAGAGGCUGUGUGUAUAGGAUUCCCGGACAACGUGUGGAAUGCGGAGGAAGCUGUCAAUGGCCCCAUCCGUGCCUUGUUCACUGUUGCUGCGGUGGACGAAUUUGUCCGCAGCGAUCCUUAUUUGAAGUUUACUGGCAAACUCAGUCUCGUCAUUGUGGAUAUGGAAUUGACCAUUGUGGAGUGCCCCUUUAUGCCAACAUCAGCAUGGCUACGUGCCAACACUGCCGGUCCCCUCAGCAUCUGUCUUUCAACCCUCGGAUCAUGGGCACGUUGGUGGAUGAAACAGGCUGCAUCGAGAAGGGCAAACUGA